AUGGCGGCCCCAAACUCAAACCCAAACCUUCAAGACGAGGAGGACAUUGACAUUCAUGAUGUAGACAACACGCUCGACGCAGAAGAGGCGGAGGAGAUUGUAGAAGACGAUGGUGAUGUGCCCAUGGACUCGGAUGACGAAGGCGACGACGGCGUAGAGAUGACGAUCAAUCUCCAGAACGAUUCGGUUGCGCAUUUUGACCAACACAAUGACAGCAUUUUUUGCAUAGCCCAACACCCUGUACACCAAGAGAUCAUAGCGACUGGUGGAGGCGACGAUACUGGAUACAUCUUUGACGUUUCAUUGGCGGCUGCGGCACAACCGAGUAGUGACGGUCAACCUACGGAGCGCGAGGGGCUGAAGAGUCUUUUCACAUUGGACGGCCAUAAAGAUUCAAUCAACGCAAUUACUUUCACACAACCCAAGGGACAAUUUGUUGCCACUGCUGGUUUGGACGGCAAGCUGCGCGUCUGGCAAGGUGUGCCUGAGGGCACGAAGUGGAAAUACUUGGCUGAGGCGGCUGAGGUGGAGGAGAUCAACUGGCUGAUCGCCAAUCCUUCGCCAGAGCAUCCCAAUGUUGUCGCUCUUGGCGCAAAUGAUGGCUCAGUCUGGGUCUACCAGAUCAGCACAGAAAAAGGCAGCGAGCUCCAGGUCCUGCAAGCGUACUACCUUCACACCGAAACCUGCACAGCUGGCGCAUGGUUGCCCGAUGGCUCCCUCCUUGCGACCGUAUCCGAAGACUCGAGUCUAUACGUGUGGGAUGUGUUUGGCGAGGCAGCAGCACAGGGUCUCACGGCAACAACGGACGCGCAAACUGUCGUCGGUCUGACAGGCGUUGAUGAGCGCUUCCGCGUCGAAGGGGGGUUGUACUCUGUUGGCAUUCCUCCAUCAGGCGCAUUUGUCGCAGUAGGUGGCCCAGAAGGUCAGAUACGUAUCGUCGGUCUCCCUCGCCUCUCUCUUGCCGCACCACAGGCGUCGAUGUCAUCUGGUGGAGGCGGCGCAAAGAACAAAGCUGGUGGUGGAAAACAGGCGGGCGCAAAGGGCGCUGCGGCAUCAGCAGGACAGACUGGCCAGAUUCUGGCAAGUUUGCAAGCGGGAAGCGACAACGUCGAAUGCAUGAGCUUCUCGUCUGCACCACUCACCCUCAUGGCUGCCGGCAACGUCGACGGUUCCAUCACUCUCUUCGACACGGCGCAUCGCUUCGCCGUGCGUCGGAGAAUAGAAGACGCCCACGCCGAUGAGGACUCGCCACAAGCAGUCGUCAAGUUGGAGUUUGUCAAGAAGGAAGGCCCAGGAGGAUGGCUGUUAACAAGCGCAGGAUAUGACGGUGUGUUGAAGCGAUGGGAUACACGGGGUGGCACGGCGGCGGCAGGCAAAGGUCUGGUCGGAGAGUGGAAAGGACACAGGGGAGGUGGCGAUGGUGGAGGUAUCAUGGGCUUUGUACAAGGAAAUGGCGAGGCGGUUGUUACAGCUGGUGAUGACCAUGUCGCGUUGGUGUUCAAGACCCCCGUGGCGCAGUAG